GAAAAAAAAGAAUUAAAAAAAGAAAACAAAAAGUCAGCGUUUGUGAUGUUGGAGUGUGCGUUGUCUUCUCUCAUCCAGUUUUCUGAGGUUCUAGUCUGCCUGUUCCCCAACUCUGCUGGAGUGCACAGCUUUGUCCCUGCUGGUAUGGCCUGAAAUGGGAAGACUUCAGCAUUCUUUCCUUGUUACACAGAACAGCUAGCAGAUUUUGAGUCUGCUGGUACUCUAACCAGCCUAUCCAUUCCUCCAUCGUCCACUUAUAUUGGCCCUUUCUUGAUAACCCCUUCUAUUUAUUCAUUAUUAUUCUAUAUCAUUACAGUGUAGCGAAGCAAAUGCAAGCAUAUGUAAAUAAACUUCCCCCUUUUAUUUCAGUGAUGCCAUAUUCUACAUUUCUUUGUCUUCUAAAUUUAUCUCUGUAUCAAAAGCUUUCCUCAUCUUUGUUUCCAGCGUGAUAGUACUCCAUCAUGUGCCUAUACCAUAUUUAACUUGUUCACCCACUUUUAGACUGUUGGAGUAUUUUCAUUUAUUAUUAUAGUGUUAUGGUAUAUAAAUCAUAUCAUAUUGCUUAACUAUAGCUGAUACUCCUGAGUGAAGCCUACGUUAGGAUCUCAUAAAAAAGCCAGUCAAAUCCUACUUCCUCUGAGGUAUAUGCUCUUCUAACUACUGCAGACACUUCAGUGUGCUCAAUGGGUACUAUUGUACAAGUUGCUCACACCUUUUGUACAAGUAAUUGUUGCUAUGAUAAUGAAAAUAAGUGCUAGUCUUUGUUAGUGUUUGGCCUCUGGGGGCAUCAAACCCAAUUAUAAAAUACUGAAGUCAGUCUGGGUGUGGUGGCUCAUGCCUUCAAUCCCAGCACUCCAGAGGCAAAAACUGAAUGGUGUCUGUGAGUUCAAAGCCAGGCUGGUCUACAUAAUGAGUUCCAAGAGAGCCUGAACUACAUGGAGAAACCCUGUCUCAAAAAAAAAAAAAAAAAAAAAAAAAGGGGGAGAGAGAGAGAGAGAAUCAGAAGAACUGCUAUGAGUUCCAGGCUAGUCUGAGCUGAGCUACAAAAGUAGGUUAAGUUGGUUGGGGCAGUUGAUUUGGUUAUUUGGUUUGUGGACAUUUUGCAAAAGCCUUACAAAUAGGAGUAAAAUAGGAGUACUACAUUCACAUGUAAAGAUGCACAGAACUUAACAUGUACAGCUGUCAUGAUCAUAAAGCGAAGUUUAAAGAUUUUUAGUCGCACAUUGGUGUGGUGGUAUUUAGUCCCUUGCUGUUUCCUACUGCAUUUAUGUUUGACAUCCCACAUGGGCUGUAAACUCUCAGACUUGGGUGCUGAGAGCCGAACUUGGGUCCUCAGGAAGAGCAGAAUGCAUUCUUAACCACUGAGCUAUUUCCCGCCCCAAGGUGUGCCUUUCCUUGACAGACUAAAGCAGACAAAUGAAUUUGAAGCCAGCAAGAUUCGGGGCACACUAUGCCCUGAAGACAAAAUUACAUACCAAGACCUUGUCCCAAAAUGUGUGUGUGACAGAGAAUGUACGAAGUCAUCCGGAAGCGUCUUCUGAUAGAUGGAGACGGUGCUGGAGAUGAUCGGAGAAUUAAUCUCCUAGUGAAAAGCUUCAUUAAAUGGUGUAACUCUGGAUCCCAAGAGGAAGGAUACAGCCAGUACCAGCGGAUGCUGAGCACGCUGUCUCAGUGUGAGUUCUCAAUGGGCAAAACGCUGCUGGUGUAUGAUAUGAACCUCAGAGAAAUGGAAAACUAUGAAAAAAUAUACAAAGAAAUAGAAUGCAGUAUUGCUGGAGCACAUGAAAAAAUUGCUGAGUGUAAAAAGCAGAUUCUUCAGGCAAAACGAAUACGAAAAAAUCGACAAGAAUAUGACGCUUUGGCCAAAGUUAUCCAGCAUCAUCCGGACAGGCAUGAGACACUGAAGGAGCUAGAGGCUCUGGGCAAAGAAUUAGAGCAUCUCUCGCAUAUUAAAGAAAGUGUUGAAGAUAAGCUGGAAUUGAGACGGAAACAAUUUCACGUUCUUCUUAGUACCAUCCAUGAACUUCAACAGACAUUGGAGAAUGACGACAAGCUGUCAGAGGUGGAAGAAGCUCAAGAAAGCGCCAUGGAGGCAGACCCUAAGCCAUAGAUGGUGACGUCGCUGUCCGUCCGCCCGCAAGGACAGGCAAUAGCUGCAUGGGCUUCCUGGGUUCGAUUUCAACUUCGGCAGUGAAAUACUUUGCUUUCAAAUAUUAAUUCAUGCCUCAUUUGUAUUUCUUCACACAAGGAAAUGUAUCCAUGUAUAUGUAUUUUUAAAUGCAUUUUUAUCCUUAAACCUAGAAUUCAGCAUCGGAAAAUAUUUAAUAAAAUAUCUCCAGCAGGA